CAAAUCAUGGCUCCCACAUCAUCCCAACAAUCGCUAUCUCUAUAAAAGAUCCGAUGCCUUUACAAGACUGGGCUCUGUUAUUUACAUCAGGAUCAGCAGUUCAAUUAUAAGUCACGCGUUCGACGAUGGCUGUCACAGGCUCUUUGGUCAGAUGGGGGCUCGUCCUGCCCCUCAUAGUCGUCGCUUUUGCAGUUGCGUACCGUCUUCAACAGCCACUCACAGCUUCGGACGAGGAAGAUUCAGCAACAUAUUGUUAUAAAUCCAUCCGGACACAUGAUCCUGAGCAGGCUGAAGCUCAAUGUUUCACUGUUGCGGAUGGCGUCUUUACUGCCGUUGGCCCACGAGAUGCUGAUCAGUCGAUGAUAGAUGGUUAUGUGAUCCCAGGACUCUGGGAUGGACAUGGUCACUUGCUCCAGUACGGGGAGUUCCUCCACUCUGUUGAUUUGUUCGGUGCCCAAUCUCUCGCGGAGGUGCGUACGAGGAUCAAAGACUAUAUCUCUGCCAACCCUGGAGCCGGAUCGAAAGAUAAUUGGGUUCGCGGAGUUGGAUGGGAUCAGACCUUUUUUGGGCGUAUGCCUACAGCUGUGAGAUACUCAUAUCUAUUAGCUUCCCGCCACACACUAAGAAGUUUCAUAGGCAGAUAUCACGCAGGACACAGAGCUCAGCAGCAUCUAUCUCAUGCUUGAUCGCAUUGAUGUUCACUGCACUUGGGUUUCCCAGCCUGUUCUCGAUCUCCUUCCAUCAGACCUCCCUGAAGCUGUCCCGGGAGGUGAGAUCAUCCGCGACCCUGGCCUCGGUGUCUUCUGCGAUAACGCCAUGGACAUGGUCAUCUCAAUUUGGCCUCAACCUGGCCGGGACUUCAAGGCUCGUGCAGUCAAGACUGCCAUGAAGCGCCUUAACGAGGUUGGUCUUGUUGGCAUGCACGAUGCUGGAGCAACUCCAGAUACUUUGAAUCUCUACAACGAGCUCUCUUCGGGAGACGACUGGACCCUUCGUGUCUAUGCAAUGUUGGAAUGUCCUCAGCGUAACUCGUACUGCCCAGAGGAAGCUGUCAAGUUCGCCCGAGACGAUGAUCGCUUUGCAGUUCAGAGUGUCAAACUGUUUGCGGACGGCGCUCUCGGAAGUUGGGGCAGCGCCAUGCUCGACCCAUACUCCGAUCACCCGUGGACAUCAGGCUCGCUCCUUAUCAACGCCUCUGCUCUUACUGAUGUGACCAAGCGCUGGGCUGCCGACGGAUACCAGGUCAAUAUCCAUGCUAUCGGUGAUCUUGCCAAUCGUAACGCUGUUGACGCUCUUGAGGCGGCUCUUGUCCAGCAAUGUCUUCGUGAGGCUACUGCUCAGGGUGCAUAUCCUUCGACUCUGGACCAGUCCGUAAAUGCGUCUCACGACCAGAUUGAAGCACGUGCUGCCUGUCAAGCUCGUCAUCGCUUUCGCAUUGAGCACGCCCAAAUAAUUCACCCAGCAGAUCAGCGACGGAUUCUAGAACUCGGCAUCAUUCCCUCAAUCCAACCCACACAUGCAACAUCAGACAUGAAGUAUGCUCUUGCUCGUCUCGGUAAGGACCGUCUCUCGUCCUCCGCCUACCGGAUGCGUUCUGUUCUUCCUGCCCAUCCGAUUCUGGGUAGCGAUUUUCCUGUCGAGCCCCCCAACCCAUUCCAGGGCAUCUACGCCGCCGUAACCCGCCGAAGCCCGCAUACGGGUCGUGGAACAGACGAUAGCCCUGAUGGCUGGCACACAGAAGAGGCAUUGAGCUUAGAUGAAGCGAUGUGGGGAUUCACGGGAGCUCCUGCUUAUGGGGCCUUUCUUGAUAGUCGCGCUGGUGUCAUCCGCGAGGGUGCUUUAGCUGAUUGGGUGGUCCUUGAUACCCCUAUUGAGUCUUAUGAUAUAGAUGAUUUACGCACCCUAAAGGUUAAGGAGACAUGGGUGGCAGGCAAACAGGUGUAUGCACGAUCUAACGAUGACUAGAAAGCCGGCCCUAUUUACCAUAAGGAAAAAGACCACCAAGAAGAGGACCCAAGAGUUUGGGUAUCUGCCAAGUUAGACAUAGCCGAUGUACACAUGAUAAAGCUAGAAAUAAAAGUUGUAUUUUGUUGAUCUCUCUGCACCUAUAUU